GGCGGAGGGAGGGGAGGAUGGAACGGGCGGCCGAGCGGCCGUGAGAGGGGUGGGGAGCCGCGGCGCGCUAGCAGGCCGCGGGGCAGGCCCGGAGUGUUGGGAGAGGCAAAGGAAGCGGACGACUGACGGACUCGUGCGGCGCAAGGGGCUCGAGGCGGAGAGCAGGCGGGCGGCCGGGGCUGUGGCUCCCGCUCCGCAGGGCGGGCAGCGGGGCAGAAUGAGCCAGGAGGAGAUCCUGAGGAAAUUCAUUAUGCGAGUCCAGGCCAUGAAGGACACGGACCACAAUGGGGAAGACAACUUCGCCAGCGACUUCAUGAGGUUAAGAAGACUAUCAACAAAAUACAGAACAGAGAAGAUCUACCCAACAGCCACUGGAGAAAAAGAAGAAAAUGUUAAAAAGAAUAGAUACAAGGAUAUAUUGCCAUUUGACCAUAGCCGAGUUAAACUGACAUUAAAAACUCCUCCCCAAGAUUCAGACUACAUCAAUGCCAACUUUAUUAAGGGAGUACAUGGGCCAAAAGCCUAUGUUGCUACCCAGGGACCAUUAGCAAACACAGUAAUAGACUUCUGGAGGAUGAUAUGGGAAUACAAUGUUGCAAUAAUUGUAAUGGCCUGCCGAGAAUUUGAAAUGGGAAGGAAAAAAUGUGAACGUUACUGGCCUCUGUAUGGAGAAGCAGCUGUAACUUUUGGGCCAUUUCGUGUUUCUUGUGAAGCUGAGCAAGCAAGAACAGAUUAUUUCAUCAGAACAUUACUGCUUGAAUUUCAGAAUGAGACUCGUAGUGUCUAUCAAUUUCAUUAUGUUAAUUGGCCUGACCAUGAUGUUCCUUCAUCUUUUGAUUCUAUUCUGGAUAUGAUCAGCUUGAUGAGAGAAUACCAGGAACAUGAAGAUGUGCCAAUCUGUAUACACUGCAGUGCAGGGUGUGGAAGAACCGGAGCCAUCUGUGCCAUAGAUUACACAUGGAAUUUGCUUAAAGCUGGGAAAAUACCUGAAGAGUUCAAUGUAUUUAAUUUAAUACAGGAAAUGAGGACACAAAGGCAUUCUGCAGUGCAGACAAAGGAGCAGUAUGAGCUUGUCCACCGAGCCAUAGCGCAACUGUUUGAGAAGCAGCUGCAAAAAUACGAGAGCUGUGCCAACUGGAAGAUUUCAGAUGGAGUGGAUGAAAAUAACACAGAGAAUGCUGUCAGUUCUUCAGAUGCUGAGAAACAGGAUUCUCCUCCACCAAAGCCUCCACGGACCCGCAGUUGCCUUGUGGAAGGAGAUGCUAAAGAAGAAAUUUUACAGCCUCCAGAGCCUCAGCCAGUACCACCAAUCUUAACACCAUCUCCCCCCUCAGCUUACCCAACAGUAACUACUGUGUGGCAGGACAACGAUAGAUACCAUCCAAAGCCAGUUUUGCACAUGGUUUCCUCAGAGACAGACCUCAAUGAGAAUUACAAUAAGUCCACAGAACAUUCAGGGAAGAGUGAGCCGAGCGAACGGUCAGAGAAGAGGCUGGAGCGCAACUUAAGUUUUGAAAUCAAGAAGGUUCCUCUUCAGGAGGGACCGCGAAGCUUUGAUGGGAACUCCUUGUUGAACAGGGGACAUGCAGUUAAAAUGAAGCCUGUGUCAUCCUCUGUAACUGAUAAAAGCUUUAAGCCACAGGAACAGCUUUCUGGGGAUUCACUUGUAGAUGCUUGUCAAAACUCAUGUGUGGAAUGCAGUGUGCCGCAGUCUCACACAGCCUUAAUACCUUCACCAGAAAGCCAGCAAAGUCAGCAGGUUUCUGAUCCUCCACCAAGACCAGACCGUCUGCCUCUGGCAGAGAAGGGACACACCACGUGGGCACUGCAUGGGCAUGACAAUGCACUGCGUUCGCCAGGGGCUGUGGACGUGUCUUCAGACUUCCUAUGUCCUGGUGUGAAAACUCUCUCUCUGGUAUCAAACAUCCCAGCUGAACAUCCUCCCACUGACAGCGUUGCUCUUACUGCUGUUUCUGUGCGAGCACCCCUCUGUUUUACUAAUCCUCUCCACUCGGAUGACUCUGACACAGAGGAGAUGAACUUUGAUGGAGCCAUCAGCAGAAGCGUGUCUAAUGUUUCAACCGCAAGUGCCACUGUUUCUGCUGCCACUAACACUGAAAACAGUGCUGCCAGGAAAGUGUUGCCAAUGUCUAUUGCUAGGCAAGAUUUAGCAGCUGUAACGUAUUCCAAAGAUGACAAAGAUGCUGAUAGUAGUGAAGAUUCUUCUCCCCCGCUCCCAGAAAGGACACCAGAAUCAUUUGUAUUAGCAAGUGAACACAGCAUGCCCUUGCUGAAGCCAGCUGUGAUUGCACAGUCAGAGUGGAGCACACUGCAUGAUCAGCAUCGCCUUGAACAACCACUCUCCAGAAGUUUGAAAACAACUUCACCUGUGCUACCUGAUCGUCCUGAAAGAAGCAGCAAGACACCCACUGACAUUUUACCUCAGAUUUCUUUUUCUGGUUCCACUGAUACAAGAGGUCAAGUUUCUGAAUUUCCUGAAGAAGUAACAGAUAUUGGUAAUUGCACUCCGUUCAAAACAUCAUCACUGGAUAACUUUAAGAGAGGAUUCAUUAGCAGUACUGGUUUUGGUAACCGCUGUGGAAAGCCCAGAGGACCAAGAGAGCCCCCUUCAGAAUGGACAUGAUGCUGAAAACCAAUGGACAUACUAUCAAUAAAUUAUACUGGAAAACUCAAGUGCCACUGAAAACCAUAGAGAACUAGUGCUGACCCUUUCUGGGGAGUGACUAACACAGCGCAGUGCAGAUCUAACUACCAAUGGUACACUCCUGCAGUACAUCCCACGCAAAACCUUACACGUUGUUCACCACAGUGGAUUCCAGUAUUACAACUUUAACUUUGUGCUGGGGCCAUCUACCUGCCUUAUUACACUUAGGAGAAAGUAUUACAUAUGAUUUAUUUUGUAACUUCAAGUAUUAAUGCCUUAAUGUCUUUAACCCUGUUACACGCUGCUUGUAGCCACACGUUAAUAGAUACUACUUGGGACAGGCUGUGUUUAUGGACUACUUUUUGCUAACGUUUGAGUACCACGUAAUGCAUUCUUUUGUAUAUGUACAGGGCAAGUAAGUAUAUAAUUUGAUAAAGUUGCAAUCAUAAAAUAUUAACAGAAGAUGUAAGAAAUCUCUGCAUGAUCUAAAUUUUUUGUGUACCUUAUUUGUAAAUUAUUUGCCCUGAAGUUUUAGAAAAUAGUUUCUGGGUUUUUUUUACAAGAAUUGCUGGACACACGCAGCCAGAAUUGCAGGUUAGCAGAGAUAAAGAUUGUAAUACAUUUUGUAAAUUGUAAGCAAAAGGUUAUUUUUAUAUUAUAUACUGUUUAACUGUCAGACCUAAUUCCUUCUGCUUUUCAUCUAGUCAUGGAGAUUCAGUAAGUGCCUUGGAACAGUAUUGAAUUCUCUUAGCCUGUGUAUGUUAGAACUCAGUGUUUGGAGUUCAUCUGGAAUUAGAUCAUCAAUAUUUGUACGUUUCUAGUAUAUUUGACCUGCCAGUAAAAGAGAAUCCAUUCUGCAUAAUCAACACUCCUUAGUUUUCAUUUUAAUGUUUCAUCAGGUGCAGCCUAGAAAAAUCCAUCUCCCUCAGUUUGCUGUACAAAAGUUUGACUAUAGAGUGUUUCUAAUCUGGGAGAACCAGACUGGUUUCUAAUCUGGGAGAGCAGACUGGUGGAAGGACUGUUUAGAUACCACUGUCUUCUCUUCCAAAUGGCAGACACCAUUUCUGUUGGUCAGCCACUGUGUAUGUAAGAAAGCAACUUAUAUGAAGGUUCACAUAGAGCCCUUGCAGCUACACUGUAUCUUGGCAAUAUAUUAUGUCAGGAGUUAAUCCUUAUAAGGAUUCCUUACUUAAACUUUUCUGUAAUGCAAUCUUUAAAUUAAAGAAAGUCAAAAUCUCA